AUGUUGUAUCAUUUCACACAUUUCUACAGUCGAAAUCUAUAUUUUCAUCCAUUUUUAUUCUUUUUCGCGCCAUUUUUGAUUUGCACAGUGUUUCCUGCCGUAUUUUUGUGGUUUUUUCCGAUUCGAUUGUCGCAAAAUGCAGAGAUUGUGAGUUUGGGGGGAGGGGGGUUGGCGCGAAAAAUUUUAAAUUUGAAAAUUCAAAUAUUCAGGCGUUGAUUUUUUGAGCUGAAAAUCGUUCUCAAAAUUCAAAUUUAUUCAAAAAGUCAAUAACAUAAGUCUAAAAUUGUGUUCAAAUAAUAAUUUUUAUAACUGUAAAACCUUGUCCAAGCUAAAUUGAGGUCAAAAACAUAAGUAUUUUCGGUCCAAUGAUUUUUAUUUCAUUUAUUGUUUUAUUUUCCUUUUUUAUGUGUGAAAAACAAGGAAAAAGAAGAACUUUAUGAGAGAAAAAAGAUGAUAAUCCUGUACUUGACACAUAUAUUUUGAUGGAAAAAAAAGGAACGGCUGAAUAAAAUAUUGAUUUUUGACCAAAUGUUUCCAGGGCUUCGACACAAAAGACACGUCAUUAUCAGGUCCUCGAAUGGCUUGGUCACGAGUUCAGCCAUUUCUAAUGUAUUCGAAUCGUGUCUCAUUCUCAAAUCCUCGUCCAAUCGAUCAUCAAAAUAUGCAACAACCGAUGACUGAAAAACCGGCGGGAAAAACGAGGAAAAAACGAAGUUGGGCUGAUAAUUUAUUAUCGGCUAUUAAUCAAGUCGCCUGUUACGAUGCUCCGAUUCCGUUGAGUUAGUUUUGGGGAGGGAAAAUGUGGCACAAAAAUUUUUUUAUAUCAAUAUGUAAUUAUUUUUACAAGAAAAAAUUAUGUAGUGAUCAAUUUUUUUCUCGAAAAAUAGGAAUUGUUUUUGAAACAGUAGAUUUUUAUAAUUAAAUAAAUAGAAAAAUUUUGAAAGAGUUAUUGGUUUUCCAAAUAAUCAAAAUUUUAUUUCAUUAUAUUUUGAAACAGUGAAUAUUUAUCAUCUGUUUUUGCAAUAAUCCUAACAAAUUUUGCGAUCAUUCAAAAAUCAAUUGAAAAUUAUUUUCAUAAUAUUUUGAAACAGUAAAAAAAUAUAGAAAAUUUUUUUAUUUUCAAAAACAUUUUCAAAAAAAAAACGCCUAUAAAAUUUAACUGUUUCAAAUUUAAAAAUAAAUAAAUUAUAUCAUUUUUUUAAGACGUUUAAUAUUUUGUAUAGAAAACUCAAACUUUUUAAAUUUUUAAGAUUUUUUCAUAUCUAAUAAAAAGUGUUUUUAGUGAUCAAUUUUUUCUUUCGAAAAAUAUGAAUUGUCUUUUGAAACAGUAGAUUUUUAUGAAACGAUUUUGAAGGAGUUAUUGGUUUUUCAAAUAAUCAAAAUUUUAUUUGAUAAUAUUUUGAAACAGUGAAUAUUUAUCAUCUGUUUUUUGCAAUAAUCCUAACAAAUUUUGCGAUCGUUCAAAAAUCAAUUGAAAAUUAUUUUCAUAAUAUUUUGAAACAGUAAAAAAUAUAGACAUUUUUUUAAUUUUCAAAUCAUUUAAUUUUUCAAAAUUACAAAUUCAUUUAGUAAUUUUUUGAAACAGUGAAGUUUUUUACUAUUUUUUAUUAUUUUUUGCAGUGGAUCAUUUGUCUCAAAUCGUCAUCGAACUCGAUUCCUACGACUCAAUCUACAAUCUCAAAUUCCUCUCAAAACUCUGCAAUCUCCACUCAAAUAUUUCCAAACAAUUAUCCCGUUUCGAUUCUUUCACACCCUAUCGAAACAUCUGGAGUAUCUCCAAUUAUUUCGCUUGUCUCUCCCCAAAUCUACGUGUAAAUUGUACCGAACUCCAACAAGAAGAUCUAGAUUUGGUGCGAAAAAGAAUCGAUGAUUGUUGGUUGUAUCGUCAGCCAAUUCUAGCAUGUCGUGAUGAGAAAUGUCAGGGAAUGUGUGAGAUUUGUUCGGGGAUUCCCAAGGAUUGUCAAUCGCAGAUGAUUUUUGAUUUGUUCUAUCGAGUUUUGCCGAAAUCGAAAGAUGUUUCGCCGAUUUUAUUGAACACUUUUUUGCCGGUUUUUACGUUGACUGGAUAUGUUACACAGAAUAUUCCCGUCGAUGUUUUAUUGUAUGAUGAUUUGGAAAAUGCGAUUGUUGAGUAUUCGAAGCAAAGUGGAUUUGAGUUGAAAGGUAAGGCGAGUGACGCAAGUCCUUGUUGAAAAAUGCGUGCCAGAGUUGCACAUUAGGCCACGCUAUAGCCGUUCAGUUGCUGGAGUUAGCACGUUUGCUCACGCUCAGCACAAAAGCACGCUGCCACGCUGAGCGCAAAAGCGUGCUUUCACGCUGGAGCACAAGUUUACGCUGGUGCUGGAGCGUGGCAGCGUGCUUUUCACGCUGAGCAAAUUUUUGUGCUCACGCUGGAGCGUGGAUCGAGCGUGUGUGCUUGACUGAAAUGAAAAUUCGAAAAUGAAAAUUUCGAAAAUGUUCAGAAGUAUGUUUUCGAGUAUGGAGAAGCUGAUUUUUCAGCUUCUGGUGUUAUUCUAAGUUUGAGCUUCAUCCCAGAAGCUGUUAUCAGUGAUUAUCAGUGAAAUUUCAAAAUUAUCAGAAUGAGCUGGGAGUUAGAGGAAAUGAUGUUUGGUGAUAGUAGAUGACAUUUUUGAUAAGUUUAGAGCUCCAGCUUUAUCCCAGAAGCUCUUAUCAGCUGUUAUCACUAAAUUAUCAAUAUCAUCUGAUUGAGCUGAAACUUGGGAAAAAUGAUGUUUGGGAUUACUACAACACAUUUUUGAUAAGUUUGGAGCUCCAGCUUCAUGUGAAAAGCUCUUAUCAGUCCUUAUCACUAAAUUAUCAAUAUGCUCAGAUUUUGCUGAAACUUGCAGAAAAUUAUGUUUGGAGCUAGUAGAGACUAUUUUUGAUAACUUUAUACAUCAAACUUCAUCUCAAAAGCUCUUAUCACCUGUUAUCACUAAAUUAUCAAUAUCAUCUGAUAAGGCUAAAAAUCGGGAUUUUUGGGUUUUUGAGUAUGGGGAAUCGUGUGCUAAUACUGAUUUUCUCUGAAAAUCACUUUUAAAGGACCCCAUCACUCAAAAAAAAAAAUUUUUUUUUGAAAAUGAGGUAUUUGGGCACGGGGAACAUUUUGGUGAGGUUUACGGUCGGGAACAGACUUUUAAAGGCGCAUGCCAGGUUAUUGCACAUUUUCCGAGAUAUUUUUUUCAAACGAUCAUAACUUUUUUAUUUUUGAAGCUUUUUUGAAAUUUCGACAACCAUUUUGACGGUCUUGAGGCGGGCUACAUUUUUUGUGUUGACACCAACUACCGUACUUCGCUCCUAAGAAAUGAAAAAUGCAUUUUUGUUCGAAAAUUCAUCAAAAAUUGACAAUUUCAAGAGAAAAAAACGUUUUUUUCAUUUCUUAGGAGCGAAGUACGGUAGUUGGUGUCAACACAAAAAAUGUAGCCCGCCUCAAGACCGUCAAAAUGGUUGUCGAAAUUUCAAAAAAGCUUCAAAAAUAAAAAAGUUAUGAUCGUUUGAAAAAAAUAUCUCGGAAAAUGUGCAAUAACCUGGCAUGCGCCUUUAAAAGUCUGUUCCCGACCGUAAACCUCACCAAAAUGUUCCCCGUGCCCAAAUACCUCAUUUUCAAAAAAUUUUUUUUGAGUGAUGGGGUCCUUUAAAAGUGAUUUUCAGAGAAAAUCAGUAUUAGCACACGAUUCCCCAUACUCAAAAACCCAAAAAUCCCGAUUUUUAGCCUUAUCAGAUGAUAUUGAUAAUUUAGUGAUAACAGGUGAUAAGAGCUUUUGAGAUGAAGUUUGAUGUAUAAAGUUAUCAAAAAUAGUCUCUACUAGCUCCAAACAUAAUUUUCUGCAAGUUUCAGCAAAAUCUGAGCAUAUUGAUAAUUUAGUGAUAAGGACUGAUAAGAGCUUUUCACAUGAAGCUGGAGCUCCAAACUUAUCAAAAAUGUGUUGUAGUAAUCCCAAACAUCAUUUUUCCCAAGUUUCAGCUCAAUCAGAUGAUAUUGAUAAUUUAGUGAUAACAGCUGAUAAGAGCUUCUGGGAUAAAGCUGGAGCUCUAAACUUAUCAAAAAUGUCAUCUACUAUCACCAAACAUCAUUUCCUCUAACUCCCAGCUCAUUCUGAUAAUUUUGAAAUUUCACUGAUAAUCACUGAUAACAGCUUCUGGGAUGAAGCUCAAACUUAGAAUAACACCAGAAGCUGAAAAAUCAGCUUCUCCAUACUCGAAAACAUACUUCUGAACAUUUUCGAAAUUUUCAUUUUCGAAUUUUCAUUUCAGUCAAGCACACACGCUCGAUCCACGCUCCAGCGUGAGCACAAAAAUUUGCUCAGCGUGAAAAGCACGCUGCCACGCUCCAGCACCAGCGUAAACUUGUGCUCCAGCGUGAAAGCACGCUUUUACGCUCAGCGUGGCAGCGUGCUUUUGUGCUGAGCGUGAGCAAACGUGCUAACUCCAGCAACUGAACGGCUAUAGGCCACGCCCACUUUCUUGGAUUACUGUAACAGGAAUACUGUAGCAGGUCCUAACAAAAUUAAAAAACGUGACCUCUUUUUUUGCCACGUUAGGGAAUAUUUCAUUUUUGUUCUAAAAAUCAUUUUCUGAAAUUUUGAAACAUGGAAAUGGAUGUCAGUUUUACUGUACUCUAAUUUUGGCGGAAAAAAAACAAUCUGAAAAAAUUACUGUAGGUUUUAUAGAAGCUAGAAUUUGUGUAUAAAUUUUUUCGGCUCAAAAUUUUUUUAAAUGGAAAUUCUAGAAAGUUCAAAAUUCCUUUCUACUUCUAAAAAUAAAUCACUGUUUCAAAAAUUUUCGAAAGAUAUUUUUUUAAAAUAAAAUUGUUCCAAAUGAAUAUUUGCAGGUCUCCUAAUGGAUGUAAAACGUGACCGGCUUUUAUCAGCAGCUCUUCAAGAUUCCCUUUUGGCUCUUUUAGCAGCUCUUCUAGUUAUGUUAGUUGUCGCAAUUCAUUCACAAUCAAUAUUAUAUUCAUUUAUUGUUAUUAUUUUAUUAUCGAUUUCUGUGUUUGGAUCAUUGGGAAUUUAUUGUUUAUUUACUGAUGAAUUUCCACUUUUGAAUUUGGUCACAUUUGUUUUAUUGAUUGCUAUUGGAGCUGAUGAUGCAUUUCUGUUGAAGUCGAAUUUUCCGAAACAUUUGAAUCAGGAGAAUUUUCAUGAGGUUGGUUUUUUUUUUGAAAGAGUAUUGUGUACUGUAGACCCCGAUUUUUUACACACAAAAAAAGUUUGGAAAAUUGUUUUUCAAUUUCAAAAUGUGAAUGGAAUCUUAAUGGUUAAUGGAAACAGUACCUUAAACAUUUCAGUGAUUUUUGAAACAGUGAAUUUUCUGGAAAAUUGUUUUAUUUCAUCUAAAUUUAUAUUCAAAUCAAAAAAAUAUAUCCAAAAUUUUUCACAGUUUCAAAAUUUGUCAUACAUAAACAUUGAUCGGAUUGGAUGAAAAUAUAUGUUUUAUUCUAAUAUGUUUUUUGAAACAGUGAAAAAGUUUCACGCGGCAAUUCUCAAUUUCUUGCAGUUCCUAAUGCACACCUCGUUCACAAUGUUUCUAACAUGUUUCUCAACAGUCGUCCCAUUUUUCAUAAAUAUCACCUCAAAUGUGAUAGUUUUUCGAUGUUUUGGUUUAUUUGCCGGUGUAACUGUGAUUAUCAAUUAUUUCCUGGUUAUCUCAUUUUUACCCGCAUUUUUGCUGAUUCAAUAUCGAUUUAUGGAUUGUUUUCCGACGCCGAAAAUUCCGUUGAGAGGUUUUUUGUCGCAUUUGAUGUAUGUGUUGUUGCCACAUGUUUUGAUGCAGGUGAGAAGACAAUUUUGGGGCUGAAAAAUAUUUCGAAUUUUGAUUUUCUGGAUUUUUAGUAUCAAGCUUGAAAUUUUUCCAGAUUUUCUGAGCUGAAAAUUGAUGGAGAGCACUUUUUAAAAAAUAUUCAAAUUUUGAAUAAAGCUCAAAAUCCAUUUAAUUCUCAAAAAAUUAAAGUUGAACGCAAAUUUCAGAAAAAAAAUAUGUGGCCGAGAAAUGUCGGGAAUUCGGCCAAAGCAACAAACUCGCUCUAAUGUUGCGAAAAUCCUUAUUGUUGGAGCGCGUUUGUUGCUUUGGCCGAAUUCCCGACAUUUCUCGGCCACCAAAAUCAUUUGGCCAUACUCACGUUCAUUUUUAAUUUUUUGAAAAGAAAAUUUUUAAAAGUGCUCAUAAUCUUCGUUGUCGGAACAUUUGCAAGGCUUUUAUAGAGGUUGUGGAAUUUUGAGUUUUAUUUAGAAUUAUUGUUUUUAAUUCAAAUUUCCAAAUUUUUCCAGGGUCGUUUCAUCUUCAUGGCUCUUUUGGGAAUCGUGGCAAUCGGCGGUGCCGGAAUAACCUACGAAGGUCUCCAUCUUCCCGAAUACAAUCCCCUCCAACUUUUCACCUCAAAAAAUCUCCACGAAUGGUACGACAACAACGCUGAGAAGAAUUUCGAAUUCGUCGCCGCCAAAAUCGCACUUCCCCUAACUUCGCGUGUUGUUUGGGGCGUCGAGCCCGUCUUCUCCACAUCAACAUUUCGCGCAAACGCCACAACGACACUCCGCUCUGACCCGAUGUUUCAAUUAGAUUCACCCAAGAAAAUUCGAAGGCUCGCAAAAUCGAUUAGACGAAUUCGAGAGCUAUCAUUCAUCAAACAUCCGCACAAGUUUUGGCCGGAAAAGUUUAUAGAUUGGUCAGCAAGAUAUCCAUGUUCAAAAGGAUUUCUAUGCUGUAAUAUGACAAAUGAUUUAUUUUCAAAUACAUAUCUCGAUUUUUGCCUGCGAAAUUCCACGUCAUAUUUGCCAACUUCUUACAACGACACUCCGAUUUUUGAUAAUGAUACAUUUGCAUUAAUUGGAUAUACGGCAAUGUUUCCAACUGAUUUGAAAUAUAAUCAUAGAUUUGCGAAACUUUCGAAAUCUUUUGAAUUACUUGAUUUGACAAAACCUUCGGAUGGUUGGUGGGCGCCGGAAUGGUGGCUUAUGUCAACGUGGUUUGAUCUUUUACAAUCGGUUGUUUCGGAUUGUAUUAGUUCAGUGGUUGGAUCUAUUGUUUUUGUCGCCAUUUUUGCGUUUAUUCAAUUGAGGUUUCAGGUGAGAUAUUUUGAGAGUGCGCUGCGGUUGCGUGGCGGUUUUUGUUUCUUGGAAUUUUCUUAUUUCCACCUUUUGGCACCACAACGUUGAAAUUUUAAAACGUGGAAUUUUGCCGCCAAAUUUUUUUUGAAUUUUCAAAUUUGAAUCUGCCACGUGGUUUUUUGGCGUCCAAUUCAUUGAAUUUUCAAAUUUCCACGUGGCGGCAAAACUAUUGAAUUUUGAAAUUUGAAUUUGCCACGUGGAUUUUUGCCGUCAAAAAUGCUUGAAUUUUCAAAGUUCAAUUUGCCACGUGGAUUUUUUGGCGCCAAAUUUUUUUGAAAUUUGAAAAAACUGUCACGUGGUUUUUCGGAUUUUUUCGAAAAAAAAUUCAACAGGUCGCUAGAGCGCAUUUGCAACUUUCUUUGUAAAUACAGAAUUUUCAAAGAUUUUUUUGAAAAAGUUGGAUUCCCAUAAGUUUUUUAUCAAAAAACCCACACGUCGUGCCAGAACAAAGGGAAAAGAUAAUUUCGUGGAGACGCAGAGAUUUUGUGUGGUCUCGCAGCGAUGCACCUGGGGGACCGGGGAGAGUACGGUUUGAAGCUUGGUCUCGCAGCGAUUCACCUGAGGAACCGGGGAGAGUACGGUUUCGGCAAUUGGUCUCGCAGCGAUGCACCUGGGGAACCGGGGAGGAGUACGGUGUCUUUUUUUCUCUGCGUCUCCUCGGAUUUGUGUGGUGGCACGACGUGCCCACAAUCUCCUUGAUUUUCUCAAAAUUUUACCAAAAAUAAUCAAUCGCGCUCUAGCGAACACUUUUCCUCAUCCCCCGAAAAUUCAAAUAUUCCAGGCUUUCGCUGCUGUUGUCACAAUUGCUUGUAUCAUCACAACAUCAUCUGCAAUCGUCACUUUACUUGGAUGGGUUUUAGGUGUUCUCGAAGCUGUAAUUCUUGUUCUCGUAGUCGGCCUAUCUUUCGAUUAUACACUUCAUUAUGGCGCUGGUUUGCCACGUUUCGGCUGCGCUGAACAUCGAAUUCGUGAAGCGACUGCAAAAGGUGUUGGACCUGUCACUUUGGCUGCUUUCACUUCGUUUUUAGCUGGAGCAUCGAUGUUGCUCGCACAGACACAUGCUUUUUAUCAGGUAUAUAUUUCGAGAUCUUUCAAGAAUUUUCUAUUUUCUUCAGGUCGGUGUUUUCCUUGUUGUCAUUUCAAUCACCAGUUGGACUUUCUCCACAUUUUUCUAUCUACCAAUGCUUUCUCUAACAAUCGCCAAAUCUUCUGGAAUUUGCCAAUUUUGCGAUAAAACCAACUUCAUGCAACUCAAUCGACAGACAUAA